AUGCUAAACAAGCAAAAUGCAUCUGAACUAGCGUUACCUAGCAAUCACGUCGAUGUUAAUGAUAAAUAUAAAUUUCUUAAAAAAAUUGGUAAAGGUAGUUAUGGUGAAGUUUGGCUUGUUUCACCGAAUAGUUCUUCAUCAAUUAAAUCUCAUACAAAACAAUACGUUCUUAAACGAUUAGAUCUUCAGUCAUCAUUAAAUGCUCCAUCACAAAAUGAUAUUGAAAGUGCUGAACGUGAAGCAACAUUAUUAUCAACAUUAAAACAUCCAAAUAUUGUUGCUUAUAUUGAAUCAUUUCGUUCAAAUGAUGGUUUUCUUAAUAUAGUUAUGGCAUAUUGUGAAGGUGGAGAUUUAUAUACAAAAUUAAAAGAAAAAAAAAACAAGAAAGAAUUUUUAACAGAAGAGCAAAUUAUUGAAUGGUUUAUACAAAUAUGUAUGGCAUUACAGUAUAUUCAUGAUAAAAAUAUUCUUCAUCGUGAUUUAAAAACACAAAAUAUCUUUUUAACAAAAAAUGAUGUUGUUAAAGUUGGAGAUUUAGGUAUUGCAAGAGUACUCAAAUCAGGAAAUGAAUUUGCAACAACUAUGGUUGGAACACCAUAUUAUAUGAGUCCAGAAAUAUUUUCUCGUAAACCAUAUGGACAAAAAUCGGAUAUAUGGGCACUUGGUUGUUGUGUUUAUGAAAUGACAACACUUGAACAUGCGUUUACUGCUAGAGAUAUUAAUUCACUGAUUAUAAAAAUAAAUCUUGAACAGACACCAGAAAUAUCAGCUAAAUAUAGUGAACCCUUAAAAGAUAUUAUAACAUCAAUGUUAAAAAAAAAUCCAGAUGAUCGUCCAACAGCAAAAAAAAUUUUACAAAAUUCUUAUAUUAAAAAACAUAUUCAAAGAUUAUUAGAAAAAACACAAAUUAAGUGUCAAAAUCAAGAUAAUUCAAGAUCUCAACCAAAACUUAAUAUUUCUCCUGCAUCUUCACCAUCUCGUCCAAGCAGUGCUUCAUUUACUUCGUUGUCAAAAAAUCAUUCUUCGAACAAUAAUAAUAAUCUUACAGCAGUUCUUCCUUCUUAUCAAGCAUUACCACCUUCGCAUUCUCGACCACGAUCAUUAACUGAUGCUAAUCGAUCUGUACCAGUUACAGAACUUUCACAAUCAAAUGAAUCAAUAACAAGUAAUUCAAGAGCUCGUCGUCGUCAAGCACGUCAAAAUAAUCCAUUACCAGUAAAUGAUCAAGAAAAAAAUUUGGAAUUCUUAUCAAAAAUUAGUCAGAAUGAUACAUUACAAAAUCUAAAACGUGAUAAACAAUUAAAUAAGCAUAUAAAACAAUGUCAACAAGCAUCAUCUUCUGAUGAACAUGAUGCAUCACCUAUUCGACCAGUUCAUGAUAACAUUUCUCAACCAGUCACUGUUGUUGACUCAUUGAAAAGACAAGCAAGUCCAAAUUCAAUGGAAUUCAAAAUAAACUCUUCUCGUCCUCAAUCACAAUCACGAAUAACAAAAUCAUAUGAUUUAAAUCAGGGAUCUGUUUCUAGUGCACGUCGACGUCGCCGAGAUUUCAAAUUACAAUCAUCAAAUGAAUAUUCAACAUCAUUUGAGUCACCAAAUCAAACAACAAAUGACUUACCACGAUCAACAUCACAAAAUAAUCUAGCAGAAGAAAUGGAAAAGAAAAAAGAAGGAGAAAAAGAUAUAAAUGAUCUCGUUUUUAUGUUAACUGCUACAUUACAAUUACCACCAGCAAAUAUUAAUGGUUCACAUGAAUUAUCAUACAGUUAUAGUAAUGAUAGUGAUAGAACCAUAGCUGAAAAUGGAUCUUCUCAAAAUCCAACGUGGUCGUCAGAUGAUCGAACAAUAUCUGAUACAUUAUAUAAAACAAGCCAUAUUUAUCAACGUUGUGAACAAAUACGACAAAACUGUCUUCGUGAAAUUAGUCCAAAUAAAUUACGACGUGUUUUAAAAAUAAUUGAAAAUGUUAGUGAACAACAAAUGAUGCAACAAAUGAUUGAUGAACUUGGUGAAGAUUUAUACAAUAGAUAUUCUGCACAAAUAUUUUCAUUAAAGUUUUAUGAAGAUAAUUUACUUAUACAUCAAUAA